AAUGGCUACGGUCAGGCUCCGGGCGCAUGCGCGAGUCUCGGAGUCUUCGCGAGGCCCGGACGUUCAGGCCUGACGUGAACUUCCGGUGGCGGGGAAGGAAGGACUUGAUCAGAGGGAACCGGGGCAAUCCCCGCCGCGCUGAUCUGGGAGCGGGCGGCGGGCCGGGCCGGGCGUGGCGGACUGGGGCCGGGGGUGCUGGCGCAGAGCCGGGUUCGCGCCCGCCGGCUGGCCGCCGUCGCCCGCUGCCAUGGACCCGUUCCUGGUGCUGCUGCACUCGAUGUCCACCCGCCUGUCGUCCAGCGAGCUGAGCGACCUCAAGUUCCUGUGCCAGGAUCGCCUGGGCAAGAGGAAGCUGGAGCGCGUGCAGAGCGGCAUCGACCUCUUCUCCUUGCUGCUCGAGCAGAACGACCUGGACCGCGAGAACCCCGAGCGGCUGCGCGAGCUGCUCACCUCCCUGCGGCGCCGGGACCUGCUGCGGCUCCUGGACGACUUCGAGGCGGGCGCGGAGAUCGCCGCGAGGACAGAUGAGCAAGACUUCCAGGCGGCCUUCGACAUCAUAUGCGACCACGUGGGCAACGACUGGAAAAGACUGGCGCGCCAGCUGAAGCUGCCCGACCCCAAGAUCGACGCCAUCGAGGUGAAGUACCCGCGUAACCUGGCGGAGCAGGUGCGGGAGUCGCUGAGGGUCUGGAAGCGAGCGGCGCGGGGCCAGGCCGAGGUGUCGCACCUGGUGCAGGCGCUCCGGGCCAGCCGCCUGAACCUCGUGGCGGAUCUCGUCGAGGAGGAGCAGCAGGCCCGGAGCCUCCGGAGCGAGAGCGGCAGCGGCUCCGUGUCCUUCGGGUCGUGGGACUCGGACGCGCCUGCCUCGGGGGCCUCCCCCUGACCCCGCCGCCCUUCUCCCCAGGGACGACGGGCCUCUGCACAGCUGGGCUCCGGUCCCCGCCCGCGG